AUGUGCUCUAGCAUACUGAUCUUAGGUGCCCUGGUUACCGUUGUAGUAAUUCUAAUUUCGAAAUUUUCUGGGAAGUCGAAGAGUGCUUCAGUUUUGGCGAAAGAUGAGUUCAGAGAAUUCCCAUUGAUUGCCAAGACCGUUCUCACCCAUAACACCGCGGUUUAUAGAUUUGGGCUUCCCAAGCAUACGGACGUGCUGGGACUACCCAUUGGACAACAUAUUUCCAUUCAGGGGUUUCUCAAAGAUGGUAAGGAGAUAAUGCGUUCAUAUACACCUACCUCGCUGGAUUCUGACUCUGUGGGAUUUUUCGAAUUGUUGAUCAAAUCAUAUGAGCAAGGCAACGUUUCGAAGAUGGUAGGAGAAUUAGAAAUUGGUGACAAGAUCAAGAUCCGCGGACCCAAGGGGUUUUACACUUAUACUCCUAAUAUGAACACCGAAAUUGGUAUGAUUGCUGGCGGUACAGGUAUUGCCCCAAUGUACCAAAUUAUCAAAUCCAUUCAUUCUGAUCCAAAGGAUCACACCAAGGUGUCUGUGAUUUACGGUAGUCAGACUGAGGACGAUAUUUUGUUGAAAAAAGAGCUUGAUGCUAUUGUGGAAUCUAACCCAGAACAGUUUAAGAUACAUUACCUAUUGGAUAAGCCUGCUAGGAACACCUGGACAGGUGGUGUUGGCUACGUGACUGCAGAUGUCAUGAAGGAACGCUUACCUGCAGCUGGCGAAGGAGCGCAAAUAUUAGUGUGCGGCCCACCGGGGCUAGUUUCUGCAGUGAAGAGAAACGCUGUCGCUUUAGGAUUUGAAAAGGCUAAGCCUAUCUCGAAGAUGGGCGAUCAGGUCUUUGUGUUCUAA